AUGGAGGAGGACAGACUCAGCCAAUUUCCAGAUAAAAUUCUCCAACACAUCAUCUCCUAUCUCGAUUUCCAUGAAUGCCUUCAGACCACAAUUCUCUCCAAGAGAUGGAAACACCUCUGCCGUUCCCUCCCCGACCUCCGCUUCAACUUCACCUCCGCCGCCUUCUUCGACCCCUUCUUCUUCCCCUACCUCCUCCACCGCGACCACCGAGCCCCCGUCGCCAGCCUCCACCUCUCAUUCGACGACAAAUUCGAUCUCAAAGCCAUGAAGAAUAGCAUGAUCUACGCCAUCAAUCACGGCGUUCAAUCCCUCCGCCUCCACACGCCCCACCGCGGCCUAACUACUCUGAGGCUUCCCGUCAAGCUUUUAACUCCCCGACUCUGCGGGUUCCCGGUGAAUAGACUUGUUUUAAAGGCUCCCAAGCUUAGAGUUCUUGAAAUCUUUGAUACUUGUUGUGUUAUCCAAGAGAUCUCUGCUCCGUUGCUUAUCUCGUUUCAAUAUCGGGGUUCUUCACCUUUGGAAUGUUCGAAGAUUGAUCUCCCAAUGUUGGAGGAAGUCUGUUUAAACAUUCAUGGAAUUAUAAACAAUCUUGAAUGGUUGCAUCUGAAAUUUGUUAGAUUGUUUAGCCAACAUAGAAAUGCUACCACUGUUACACUGACUUUGGACACUCUUAAGAGGAAGAAGGAAGAUAGAAUUAGCGAACAACCAGAUGAUAUUCUUCUACACAUCCUCUCCUUAAUCGACACAGCUGAAGCCGUUCGAGCCUCCAUUCUCUCCAAGAGAUGGAAACACCUCCGGCCUUCCCUCCACAAUAUCCGGUUGAACCUUCACGGCGCUGUCUCCCGCCACCGCGUCCCUCGCUUCGUCUCCCAAUUCCUCUCUCACCGCAACACUGCAGCCCCUCUUCACGACUUCCAUCUCUAA